UGGAGGUGGGGCAGCGGCUGUGCGCCUGCGGAGUGCGUGGUCACCGACCGCGCGGUCGCAGUUUCCUGCUCAGCGCGAGCCAGGGAUUCCCGCACUGCGCUGCACCCAGUUGGCCCGUGACCAAACUGGGGCUAGUGGGGACGAGGCGUCCUGCCUUUGCAGCACCCGCGACCCCUGAAACUAAGGUGACCGCAGGGAUGCGCGUUUGACUGGAGGACUGAGGCCGGGAGAUCGACCCUCGGCCGGGGAUUCGGCAAAGAGGGUGGUGGGUUGAGCCCGCGAGGGAGCCACCUGGGUGGGUCACCAGCCUCUGAAAGCUCUCCUGGGUCCACUGACCCUGAUGGCGGCGACAGCACAGAGCGACCUGGUGCAGGGCUGUGUGACCUUUGAGGAUGUGACCAUUUACUUCUCCCAGGAGGAGUGGGGGCUGCUGGAUGAGGCACAGAGACUCCUGUACUACACCGUGAUGCUGGAGAACUUUGCACUCAUAGCCUCUCUGGGGCUCACAUCUUUCAGGUGCCAUGACAUUGGUGAAUGUGAGAUGAGGAGAGAACCUAACAGAGUGGAUAUGACGUCAGCCAUGGCAAGAGGGGCUUUUGGCAAGGCUGACUGGGGUUUUUGCUGUAGAACAGAGGGUAAAGAGUUACCUUUUGAGCGAAGAAUUUCUGUACAAGGACUAUUAGAGAAUGGAAAUCCCAAGACAGCCCUGUCUGUGCAGAAAGCCUACUCCUCUGACACAUGUGGCCUACUCUUGAAGGAGAUUUUGAACCUAGAUGAAGAGGAGGGUACACAUGCCAGGCUGAAACCCCAUAUGUGUAAAGCCAGUGGGAAAAGGGUCAAGUUCAAUGCAAACUUUGCCCAGCAACAGGUACAGCAGCAUGAGGAGGAGCCUGCCAGAUGGGAGGAAGUUAGGGAGUCUCCUGGAAACACUUGCAUAGACCAGGCAUCCCGGAAGCUUUUCACGUGUGGGGAGGGGAAGGAGGUCUAUGUGGCCACAGCAGACUUUGUGCAGUGUUGGAUCACUCCCGAUGGGGAGGAGGCACACAAGAGUUCUGGAGAAACACUGUACUUUCCCACAGCCCAGUGGCUUGACAAAAGCAGUCAAUCUAGUUACGUUUUCAGUGACACAUUCACACAUGUUCACCACCCGAGAGUCCAGAGAAGAGAGAGGCCCUAUGAAUGCAACAAGUGUGGCAUGUUCUUUAGCGAUCCCUCCAGCCUUAUGCAACACCAGAGAGUUCACAAUGGAGGAAAAUCCUAUGAGUGCCUUGAGUGUAGGAGAGUCUUUACCCUGCGCUCUAGUCUUGUGAAACAUCAGAGAGUUCACACUGGUGAAAGCCCCCAUGUGUGCGGUUACUGUGGGAAGUUGUUCAGCCAAAACUCCAACCUCAUCCAGCACAAAAGGGUUCACACUGGUGAAAAGCCAUACGAAUGCAGUGAAUGUGGGAAAUUCUUUAGCCAACGUUCCAACCUCAUUCAUCAUAAGAGGAUUCACACUGGUAAAAGUGCUCAUGAGUGCAAGGUAUGUGGGAAAUCCUUUAACUGCAACUCUAGUCUAAUUAAGCAUGGGAGAGUUCACACUGGAGAAAGACCUUAUAAGUGCAAUGAAUGUGGGAAAUUCUUUAGCCACCUUGCCAGUCUCAUUCAACACUAUAUAGUUCACACAGGGGAACGACCUUUUGGGUGCAGUGCAUGUGGGAAAGCCUUCAGCCGAAGCUCUGACCUCAUAAAACAUCAGAGAGUUCACACUGGUGAACGGCCUUAUGCAUGCAUUGAAUGUGGGAGGUUGUUUAGCCAAAGUUCCAGCCUUAAUAGUCACCGGAGACUUCAUACUGGUGAACGGCCUUAUCAGUGCAGUGAAUGUGGGAAAUUCUUCAAUCAAAGCUCCAGCCUCAGUAACCAUCGAAGACUUCACACUGGUGAACGGCCUUAUCAGUGCAGUGAAUGUGGGAAAACCUUCAGACAAAGGUCUAAUCUGAGGCAGCAUCAGAAAGUUCAUAAACCCGACAGGCCUUAUGAGUGCAAUGAAUGUGGCAAAGCCUUCAGCCAAAAGACCGGCCUUAUUCGACAUCAGAAAAUACACACCAGAGAAAGCAACAUAGAGAAUGUCAUCCUUCUUUCUCAGCACAGCUGCACACAGCAGAGAGUGCGACGGUAG